CAACUACUCAACACAACUUCCAAAUUCUCUAAUUAAGUUCUUCAAGAAGUUAAUUAAACGAUGAUGAAGCCUUCUUUUGUAGCUUAUCUUAUUCUUUUGUCACUCAUUCUUACAAGAGCUCAAGGGAUUCGAGUUAUAAUGGAACAUAACAAACAACAUAAAGAGGAGGAAAGUGCUGCUUUGUUGAAAAGAAGUAAUAUUGGAUGCAAAUUCAAAGAGGAAGAAGAAUGCACAGGAAAGAUAAAGAAUAGGAAACUUGUUACCACUACUACCCUCACCACCAUUUCAAAGAAUAAUGAUGAAGCUGAUGAGCAGUACCUCCCAGCAUUAAAUAAUGGAACCACAAGAAAUUAUAUGAAAGUAGUGAAUAAUGAAGCAGAGGGUAUAAAAGUAAAUAAACAAGCUACUUCUUCAAAGAGCAAGAAGGAUGAUGAGAACUACUACCCUGACAUGGAAGACAUUGUUGAGAUGGAUUAUUCUCCGGCAAGGAGAAAGCCUCCCAUACACAACUGAGUCCUACUUAGGGAACACCACCAUUUACAUAUACAAUAAUAUUAUUAAUUCUUACUAGACAAAGUUUAAUAUAUCAUCUAAUUAAAAAAUCUUAUAGUAGUAUAUAUAAUUUUAUAUAUAUUAUAUAUGGACAGAUCAGAGCCGAAGUUAUUGGACACAGCAUUACCGAAAUGCUGCAGUUUUUUUAGGGUUAGGAAUGAUCAUUUGUACAUUAUUAUUAUAUUAUUACUUGUUACCUUUA